AACGAUGACGUCCUUCCUCUAAGUAUCGGCUCCGGGGAAAACAACAUCAGAAGGACCCCAGCCUGAAGCAAAAAAACACCGAAACUUUGCGUCUUUACCAACUGUUAGUUUCUACGACACGCUUAUCGUAACACGUAACUCCGCGCACACAAAAUGCCCCAGAACGAGCACAUUGAGUUACACCGCAAGCGGCACGGCUACCGUUUGGAUCACCAUGAAAGGAAAAGGAAGAAGGAGAGCCGUGAGGCCCACGAGCGGUCUCACAAAGCCAAGAAGAUGAUAGGUUUGAAGGCCAAACUGUACCACAAACAGAGACAUGCAGAGAAGAUCCAGAUGAAGAAGACCAUCAAAAUGCACGAACAGAGAAAGACGAAGCAGAAGAACGAUGAUAAGACCCCCGAGGGAGCAGUGCCAGCCUACCUGCUGGACAGAGAGGGACAGUCUCGUGCCAAAGUUCUCUCCAACAUGAUCAAACAGAAGAGGAAAGAGAAGGCCGGCAAAUGGGAAGUGCCUCUGCCCAAGGUGCGCGCACAAGGAGAGACAGAGGUGCUUAAAGUUAUCAGAACCGGAAAGAGACAAAAGAAAGCCUGGAAGAGGAUGGUCACAAAAGUUUGCUUUGUGGGCGACGGCUUUACCCGUAAACCUCCAAAGUAUGAACGUUUCAUCAGACCGACGGGUUUGAGAUUUAAGAAGGCUCACGUCACACACCCAGAGCUGAAAGCAACAUUCUGUCUUCCGAUCCUGGGAGUGAAGAAGAACCCUUCCUCACCCCUCUACACCUCUCUAGGAGUCAUCACAAAAGGAACAGUUAUAGAAGUCAAUGUCAGUGAGCUGGGCCUGGUAACACAAGGAGGAAAAGUUAUCUGGGGUAAAUAUGCUCAGGUGACAAAUAACCCAGAGAACGACGGCUGCAUUAAUGCAGUUCUGCUGGUAUAAGACUUUGGACCUGCCUUCUGACCGUGCCUGGUAGCUGUUGUGUAUCCACCUAAAUUUGCAACAAGCAAUGAAAUCUGCAGACUCAUGAAGAUUUUGGUGCUGAGCUUGGUAACAUUGUUUGUAACAAAAAGGACACUCUGAGGGGAAAAAGUGUGGCAAUUACUGUGUUAAAUUUAAUAAAUAAACUUGAAAUGACACCAGA